CGCGAUGGGAGGAAGCGCAGCCGCGAUGCACGAGGUCCCGCUCGCCUACGUCGAGAAGGAGACCGACGCGGCCUUCCGCGUGCGCUCCAAGCUGAAGACGGUCCCUGCGCAUGCGCCCCCGAGCCGGGUCGAGAGCCUCGGCGGCGGCUUUGUCCUGCAGCACGACCGCUUCGUGAGCUACCGCGCCAUUGGCAAGCACGUGCUUCUUUGGGAGACGCCGGUCCAUGAGAGCAGCGCCGACAAGCCGGCGUCCGGCAAGGCGUCGCUCGCCAUCGAGCUGCCGGAGAGCGUUGCGCCGCAGGGCGUCCGCGUCUUCGAGUCGCUCGACAAGCAGUUCGUCUCAAUCUGCGUCGUCACGUGCGCCAAGACGAUCCACCGCUACUGCUACAAGAUCGAGCCGACGCUCUUCUCGACCGAAGGCCGCGACGAGGUCGCGUUCGCGAUGAGCUCGCUGCCGCUCCAGACGUCGAUUAGCGCCGUGUGCUGGCUCGACGAGUGCAACGUGGUCGUCGGCGGUGACGACGGCGCCAUGAUUGCCAUCAACGUCGGUCUCUCGAUCUUUGGCCACUCGCACGCGUCGUUCCAUGAAGUCGCGCUCACGGACCACGUCGGCUUGCAGUGGCUCUGGGGCGGCCUCGGCCUCGGCGGCGCCCGCGCCCACGCCGUCUUGGCCAUCGUCCCCGUGCCCGACACGAACCACGACCAUGACAGCACCGACACGCUCGUCCUCUCACUCUCGGCCGACUAUGUGCUGCGCGUCUGGUCGUACGAACAGCUCAGCUGCCUCUGCAACCAAGCCAUUGGGUCGGUGCUCGGGCUCCCCGCCGAUGCAGCGCCGGCGGUCGCCGCCUCAAUGGCUAUCGUCGACCAACGAGUGCUGCUGCAUGUGACGACGACGACUACGACGACACCGCAUGACAUUGUGCUCCUCCGUGGCGAGCUCUCGCCGGCGUCGAUCGACCUCCACGUCGCACGCCGCUUUGUGCUUGAGCAGCUGUCAGUCCACGUCCGCCUCGUCGACUUCAGUGUCGACGAUGCGCGGCUCUUCUCGGUCUGGCGCGCGCCGUCGACCGACUACGUCGUCCAGCACCCGCUCUCGCUCACGGGCCCCAAGGAGGUCGCGGGCACCGUCCUGCGUGGCAUGCACGCGUGGACGACCAAGCACGCCGCCGACGACGACGCGUUGGCCAAGGACAUUGCCGACCUGUCGCAGAUCGACGCGUUCUACAUGCAGCGGCUUGGCGCCCCGGGGCGCUUCAACGACGAGUGCCUCCGCUUGACCUUGUCGACGCUCGUCACGGGCCCGGCACCGACGCUCGACGGCCACCGGCUUCGCCGUGCGCUUCUCGAUGCUGUCCACCGGCAGUGGUCGUUGCAGGACACCAAGGGCUCCAACCCAUAUGCGCUUCGAUCGACCGUGUGGCGCCACGUCCUCGCCGUCGCGACCAAGCACUGGGCGGCGGAGAACGUGCCCCUGGGCUUUGUGUCGUGCGACUUGCUCGGGUCGCCGGUGCUCUUGCGCCGCAACCACAUGUCGGUGUUCUUCCCCGCUUCGAUCCUCGGCGACCGCCCGGCGACGAUCGCCGACCUCUACGACUCGAUCGUUUUACCGACGUUUGGUGCAUUCCCGAUCGCGUCCUACUAUGCGUCGCUCGAACGUCAGUGGCAGUCGGACGUGCUCGCAUUGGACGUCACGACGUCCGUGACGCUGCUGGGCGUUGUCCACGCCGGGCUUCUCGAGGACGGCAGCGCCGGCCGCCAUGUGCCAAGCGUCCUCGCACGGACCGCCAACGUCCUCUCGGGUGACGCAGCCACGCAAAUGGCGCUUCUCGAUGCCCUUGUGGCGCAUCUUGCGCUGCCGCGUCUCUCAGACGAUGCGAGCAUGAGCUCCCAGGACGUGGCUGCGACCGACCUCGCGCUCGCGCUUCACCGUAUGAGCGCCGUCGUCCUUCACGACAUGCGCGCCGCCGCCGCUGCGAGCGCGUGUUUUGUGACCUUUCUCCUUGACGCGACGCCGUCAUUUCUGGCCGAAACGACGCUGCGUCAUCUGGAGGCCUCGGUGCGGCCGGCGCUCGAGCGGUCGCUCGCCAAUUGGUCCAACGUGUACUGGCUGUGCAGCCAGACGCAGGCGACGUCGGGCGUGCCGGUAUUGCAGCUCUUUGCGGCGUCGCUUCUCGAUGAGAUUGUUGUCGACGGUGACCUCGGCGCGUCGACGCGGUCGUUGAUCGCCGCGAUCGCCGAUGCCACCAAGCUGCUGCCGUUUCUGCAGAGCAACGGUCUCCACAGCGUCCUCCGCGUCGUGCUGCGUCACGCAAAUGACGCCGACGACGAUGCCAAGCGUCUGUACCUCCUCGGCGAAUGCUUGCUGCUCGAGCCAACCAAGACAGAGACGGUUCUGGACCGCGCCGUCCGAUCGCUCGUCCGUGUCGUGCAUCUCGAAGGCGCGGCGGUGGUCGUAGAGCUCACAACGUUGCUCAAGGAGCACGUACCCAAGGGUCUGAGCAGUCAUGUGGUGUCAUUUCUGCAAGCGAUUCUCGUCGAUGUCGCCGAGGACGACACGACGCUCGAGUUUGUCUGGUACAACCUCUUCAAGCUCUACGUGGCCGACGGGGCGUACGAGAGUGCCCACGCCGCGCUGCAGAAGCUCGUGGCGCUCGGUGCGAGUGCGCCGUCGCUGGACGAGUGCGUCCGGUACUUUGUCUUGCAGCUCUGUGACGCUGGCCGCGUCGACGUGGUCUGCGACGUGAGCUGGGGUGCGUUUGAAGCUCAAGUCGAAGAACUCUUAUUGUGGCAAGCGGCUAAUACCCACGCGCACGUGUCGCCGGCCAAGUCGUCGCAGAGCGCGUCGGCCUUGUACCGCCUCCUCUACAGCUUUUACGUCGCUCGGAGCCGAUUUGUGCACGCAGCCCGCGCCAUGUACUCGCUCUUCCUCCGCCUCGAGCUCGAGCCGUUUGCAUCGUCGAUCCUCCAAGUCCAGCGGGACGCACUCCUCGCCGCCUCCAACGUCUUGGAGCUGGUUCCCGAAGCGCAUCGGUGGUUUGUGUCGCAGGCCGGUCUCGCCUCGGACGCUGGCGACUGCGCGCUGACCGUGGUCUCGGCCUCGGAUGUCUACAAGCAGCUGCUCUUGGUCCGUGGCAAGCUCGCGCUGCCCGAGCACAGCCUGGCACUCGGGUCGCUGCGGUCGCCCGAGGUGGUCUCGCUGCUGCUGACGCACCUUGCGUCGCCGCCGCGUGCGGCCUUGCGGUCGAUCGAGCUCGCGUCGGCCAUUGCGCUGGCGUUUGAGCUGGACAUGAAGGUCGUGGUCCGAGCGGUCACUCGUGCGUGGGUCGCCGGUUCGAUUCCAGAGUCGGUGCUGCAAACCACGCUGCAUCAUUUGCACAAGGCGUCGUUGUCGCUGGCGGCGAUCGAGACGGCGCUGGAGCUGCGCGUUGCGAUCCCAACAUGGCUCCGCGACAGUGUGGUGGUGACUGACGGCCCGCAGCUGCUCUCGCUUCUGCUCAAGUACGGUGCGCUGGACGAUGCGCUAGCGACGGCGGAUGCGCUCGUGCCUGCGACCGAGCCGUUGACGAUCGACUCGUUUGGUGCUCGGACGUCAGCGCAAGUCUCGUGGCUGCCGAUUGCGCUUUUGGAUACACUCUUGGCGUCGGCGAUGCAAGUGCCAGCGUUGACGUCCCAAGCCAAGAAGCUUGCGACCAAGGUCGAAGCGCACUUUCGAUAUGUCAAGGCGCUCGACACGGCUGCGGUCGUUCGCGUCUAGUCUAGUCGAUACCUCUUCUUUUCAAUACGACUCUUAUUCCAUUUGUUCCGUAUGUGCAUUAAUUACGGUACUCGCAAGUCGAGUCGAAUGCCACGAGUCAUCUAAAUAGACUGCUCUUGCUACCAAGA